CCAUUCACUGCUGGAGGAAGCCUGUUUGGCUGCACUGUUAUAAACAACUUGAACUCAUCCAAAGUGAUUCCAGACGCUUCGCCAGGUCGGGGUAUGAGGACUGCAGUCAUGUCAAAGGGUCUUUUAUUCAUUGUCCUGAUUGGAAAUAUUUUUGCCGGAAGUUUCUCUCUGCCUGUGCAAGAAGCAUGCAGGAAAACGAGGCUUGGUAAAGAAUACAGAGGCACGGUGAGCAAAACGCGCGGAGGAUUUAAUUGCCAAAGAUGGGACUCACAGGUGCCACAUUCACAUAAGUUUAACAAGAGAGCCUAUCCAGACGCCGGCCUAAGUGAGAACUUUUGCAGAAAUCCGGAUGGAGAAGUGGACGGUCCAUGGUGCUACACCGAUUCAACUGAUAAAAGAUGGGAAUAUUGUGACAUUCCCCCUUGUGUUUAUGACAAGUGCAAAAAGACUGUAGAAGGAAAAGAGUAUCGGGGCAUAGUCUCUACAACAACGAGUGGUUUGAAAUGCCAAAGAUGGGAUUCACAGGUGCCUCAUAAACACAUCAAAACUUCAGCCAAUUAUAUCCAUGCUGGCCUUUUCCAGAAUUAUUGCAGAAACCCGGAUGGAGAGCCAGAAGGCCCGUGGUGUUAUACCAAUUCAAGUGAAGUUAGAUGGGAGUACUGCCAUGUCCCAUUGUGUGGCAUAGGCCAACUAAAGGAUCCUGAGACAGGAUCUACAAUUAUUGAAGGCAAAGUAAAAUUGGCAAGUUAUACUGGCAGCCAACCAGCAGAGUCGUGCCUCGUUGUGACACUGAGGGAGGCCAUAUACUGUAUAAGCAUAGAAGAUUGUCCAGAUACAACUUUAGCAACACUCGUCAUCUCAGACCCUGAGAUACAGGAUGGUGUUAUUGAUUACGUGCUGGAUGCAAGCAAAGAAUUAUCACCGAACAGAUACCUCAUUGAGGCUGUUUGGAAUAGAGGUUGGUGUCACCGUCCACUAAAUAACUCAAAGCAAUGGAUCCGAGAUGGGGAUUUUUUCAAUGAUGUAGAACAUUCUAUUGAAGUCGUUGAUGGGCAGGCAGGUCCCUACAAAGAAGAUAUCGACGUCAAGAAAUUCGUGCAGCCAGAAGUGACAUCACAUGAACUUGCAGGCAACUGCAGUGAGGUUAAAUGUGAGUAUUAUGGAAGAUGUGAGAUGUCCGACGACGGAUCGCCAAAGUGUGUUUGCAAACUUGCUUGCCCACUCAUAUUCAAGCCUGUUUGUGGAAGUGAUGGCAAAGAUUAUGCAAAUCAGUGUCUUUUGGAGUACAAAUCUUGCACGAGUAAGACGUUGAUCACGGUGGUAAAGAAAAGAUUAUGUAAAGAAGAAGAAACGAAAAAGAAAUGCGAAUUGAAAAAGCAAAAAGUCUUGGAAUCUUUCCCAAUAAUUGAAGGGAAACGAAGGCCUUUGUUGGGAGCUUUUAUUCCACAAUGCAAGGAAGAUGGCUCGUACGAGGAGGCCCAGUGCCAUGGGUCGACUGGUUACUGUUGGUGUGUGGACGAAGAUGGGAACAAAAAAGAAGGAACAGAGGUCAGAUUCGAGAGACCACGCUGCUCAAAAGAUUUGAAAGAUGAAAGUGAUAAACAGCCUAUUAUAGUAACAGGAAAUGUUAAAGUGAUUUCUAACGUAUCACUGACAAGCCCCCCAAGAUCGUGUCUUGUUAUGAAAUUGCGGGAAGCAAUCUACUGUACAGAAAUAGAAGACUGCCCGGACAUGACCAUAGCAACAGCCAUUGUGAGAAAUCCAACGCCAGUCGAAGGCGCUAUUCCAUACAAACUAGAGGUAAAAACGAAAUUGAGACCCAAUAGGUACCUCAUUGAAGCUGUGUGGAACCGAGGCUGGUGUUACGAAGACAAAAAAGGAAAAAAUUGGAUUAAAAAUGGCGACUGCUUUAAUGGUAUCGAGCAUUCAAUUGAAAUCAACCCUUCAGAAUCCAAACAUUACACAAAGGAUAUUGCUGUCAAACAGUAUCUGGAAGGAGAAAUAAUAACAGACCCAGCUAACUGUAAUUUUCUGCAAUGCGAAUUCGGAAAAUGUGACGAUUCUGAUGGUGCACCAAAGUGUGUUUGUGAACAGGCCUGCCCUUUGAUAGUCAAGCACGUUUGUGGCAGUGAUGGCAAAGAUUAUGCAAAUGAGUGCAUCAUGAAAUUUGAAUCAUGUGAAUUGAAGAAAAACAUCUCUGUGGCAAAAGAGGGGCCCUGCAAACCAAAAGAUUGUGAAGAACCUUGUCCUCGAAACUUAGAUCCUAUUUGUGGAAAAAAUGGCAAAACCUAUGGUAAUGAAUGCCUGUUCCGGAUUGCAAGAUGCAAAAAUACGAGCCUCGAGGAAGCAUACAAAGGACAAUGUGGCGGCGCAUUUCUUCGAAAGUUGGUUGAAUCAGGACAAAUAACGAAAUGUGUAAUGGAACGUGACAAUACUCUACCAAUGCCAGGAGCAUUUGUGCCACAGUGCGAAGAGGAUGGCUCCUACAAAAAGGUACAGUGUCAUGGAUCAACUGGCUUUUGCUGGUGUGUUGAUUGGAAUGGAGUUAAAAAAGAGGGUACAGAAGAGCGAUUCAAGAAGCCUGACUGUGGAGCUAAAUCGGGACAAAAAACCAAGUGCCAAAUGGAACGUGAAAACUCUGUACCGAUGCCUGGUGCAUUUGUGCCACAGUGCGAAGACGAUGGUUCCUACAAAGAGAUACAGUGUCAUGGAUCAACUGGCUAUUGUUGGUGUGUGAACGAGAAUGGAGUUAAACUAGAGGGUACAGAUGUGCAGUUCAAGCAACCCAACUGUGGGCCUAGAAAUAUGACAAAAUGCGAAUGGGAACGUGAAAAUACGGAACCUAAGCCAGGAGCAUUUGUGCCACAGUGCGAAGAAGAUGGCUCGUAUAAAGAAGUACAGUGUCAUGGAUCAACUGGUUAUUGCUGGUGUUUUGACGAGAACGGGUUUAAAAGAAAGGGCACACAAGUCCAUGGUGCAAAGCCUGAUUGCUCGAAAGUUGCGGAGUAGAACAACGUUAAGCAUUUUUCCUUAUUGAGAUCAUUUUGUUUAAAUGUGUCUUUUUAUUUUUUUGGCUUUUGUUCGCGAACAAAACUGAAGACAAUGAAAAACGCCUACAUAA